AUGCAUAUUCUUCCCCCGCUGCGGCGGGGCGGAUCCGACCCGAGGUCAUCACCAGAGCGCCACGUGCGUCACGUCACGGCGUUAUCGAUUGACAGCGCGUACGUAAACUUUUUUCUCCUCUUCUUCUUCCUCCUUCCUCGUGCGUCGCCGGCGGGCGCGCUCCUUCAUGCCCGCGUCGUCCGCUCGCUGCUGCUAGAGUGUCCACCUUGUUGCCGUUUGGGGCCCCCACUUUUGUAUGCUGCGCUGCCCGACGAGCGCCCAAGACACGCGUUUGGGCACAGGGGCGAGGAUUGGGACCGUGAUUGGGACUGGGAUUGGGAUUGGGACGGGCGGGCGAUGGCGGGAUAUGGGCCUGGCCGAGGGCAGGAGCGGGGGUCGGGGUCACGACGCGGUCAACGACGGCAGGGUCAGCAACAGCAACAGCAAUCGCAGUCGCUCCCACCGCCUCAGCAACAUCGGUCGCAAGAGCAGCAGCCACAGUACUCUCCACAUUACGCGCCAUACCAACAAGUCGCGUAUGGCCAGUACAUGAUGUCUCCCGCAUCCCACUAUUUCGCCCCGCCACCGCAACCACAGCAGCAACAGCAGCAGCAGGCGGGCCCAUCUAUACACGCGGGCUAUCCCACGCUCGCUGCCUAUGCUCCACAACAACAGCCAUCUUACGAUUACGACUACGACAACUCUCCUACAUCCUACCAGCCCCCAUCCUUUGACAACUCGCCCACAUCCUAUCAGCCACCGUCCUUCCCUUACCCGCCAUACCACUACGGCCCGCCGCCCACCCUUUACCCCCAACCAAUGUACUACACGCAGUCCGGGCAUCCGGAGAGCGAGGGAAGUGGGUGGUGGGGCGGCCACGGCCAGCAGCAACAAUCGUACGAUCCAGGGUAUUCGUAUUAUCCCCAGCCGCCGCGGGAUUACGCGAUCCCAACCCACGAGGCAGCACCGUCUUCGUCGUCUUAUCGCGCGACUCCCGAUGAUCAUGACCCCACCCCAGAGCCGCCCACCGCUUCGACAAGCCAGAAGCAAGGCAAAACACCCUCACCGACACCCCCGCGACCGCGCCCAGUUGCAACACGUGCUUCCUCGUCCGCAUCAGUUGCCUCGGCCGCCCUCCUCAGUCCCAGCCAACGUUCCGACAAGGGCAAGGAAAAAGCGAAGCCGAUAGUGCGACGCGCGUACCACCCCAAUCCGCCCGCCUCACGCUCAGAGUGGGUCAUGUGGGCGGGCAAUGUGCCGAGCGAUGCAGGCCAUGAUGAGCUCUGGCGCUUCUUCACCGCCCCGGCAAGCGUGACUACGCCGCCGGCCUCCGAAGGCGGAAGUGUGGGAUCAGGGAGCACCGCCGGCCCCGCGCCCGCGCUCACGACAACGACAACAGAAGGGCAAGCGAGCAGCGCCAGCCCGACGACAACAACGGCGCCGGCAGACCCAACGGGCGACCCGGGCGUGCUGUCAAUCUUCCUGAUUGCGCGCUCGAACUGCGCGUUUGUGAAUUACGCGACAGCGGCACACCUGCAUGCGGCAAUCGCGCGGUUUCAUGGUGUCCCGCUGCGAGCCGACGACCCGCGAUGUCCUCGGUUGGUAUGUCGCGUUAGGAGGAAGGACGACGACCUUAAAGCGGGGGUUGGCGGGCAGAGGGGAAUGGGAAUGCAUACACGAUGGGUCAAAGCCAAGCGUGCGAAAGGGGGAGAGGCAGAGGGGACGCCAAGCAGCGAUAGCGGCCAUGCGCUGGACCAGCCGGUCUCCAGCGAGGGUGAGGCGGAUGCGGAGGACAGCCACGACGAUGUGGAUCACGUGCAUGCGAUAGACGAGGUGCCAGUCGUCCGACCGCCGCCGCGACCGUCGGGAUCGGGCAGCCCAGGCUCGGGGUCUGGCUCACACGAGAGCGCAUCCACAGACUCCACCCUUUUGAGGGAGCACUUCCCGCAGCGGUAUUUCAUCCUCAAGUCGCUGACAAAGGAUGACCUCGAGCUGAGCGUGAAAACGGGGCUGUGGGCAACACAACACCACAACGAGGGCGUCCUCGAUCGCGCGUUCCGUACCUCGCAGGACGUAUUCCUGGUGUUUAGCGUCAAUAAAAGCGGCGAGUUCUAUGGGUAUGCUAGGAUGGCCGGUCCUAUCAGUGAAACCCACGACCCACUCACCAGCAGUUCUCCCUCUGUCUCCGUUGCCUGGUCCCAACGCUCUCCUCCUUCCCCUGUACCACCAGCGCCAAGUUCCCCGGCCGCGCCUCUAUUUAGCGGCGGGCGCUUUGUCGGUGACUCCCCGCUCCCUAUGUCCUCAGCCCGUGCCCCAAUCGUGCAGUCGGCGCCGGCGAUCCUCGGCCCGAACGAGCAGCAGCGCGCUUUCAGUGCGGCCUCGCCGGCGCUCAAGUUCAGCCUCGACCAUCACCUGCUUGUCAGUGCGCCGACACGCGCCGCUGUCAUCAACCUCGACGCCAAUGCCCCGCUCCGAGCCAUGCGCAACUCACCUACAAGCCCGGUAGCCCCGGUGCCGUCCGCACCGGCACUCGGGCCGGCUCCGCCCCUUGCGCCGGUCGAGAGAGCCACGACCCACUCGCUGCCCGUCCCCCUCGCCGACCCCAGCCCCGAUCCCGACGCGGAUGCCGGGUGGGGCGCCAACUUCGCGCUCACGUGGGUGUGCACGGACCGCCUUCCGUUCACGCGCACGCGCAACAUCCGCAACCCGUGGAACCACGACCGCGAGGUAAAAGUCAGCCGCGACGGGACGGAGCUCGAGCCGGGCGUGGGAAAGGCGCUGCUGGAUGCCUGGCGCGCAUAUCUCGAGGCGCAGAGUGAUGCGAGCGCCAGUGCGAGUGCGAGUGCGAGUACAAGCGCCAGCCCCAGCACCUCGGGACGGGGACAGCCACGUCCCGGGGCAGCCCGACAGGGCUCUUCUGGCGGGUCGGGACGGCAGCCGCGCGGAACGCGGUCAUAA